UUACCUGAGUCGAGCAACGAAAAAGAAUUUUGUUUAAAACAAGAAAGACAUCAUCAGGCGACAUAUGAUACAUCAGGCUGCUAAGAACAUCGAUCCCGUCCAUAAUUAUAACGUGCUGCCACCUAGCGGGCUAAAUGACCCUCGCAGACGACAGAGCAUUAACUGGCCAAUCGCUGUCGCCGACCAGAAGCCUAUUAACCGGAGGAAACGAACUCAAAGAAAAUGAUCGAAAGCAAUUCUACUGGCCAGUUACGAUUGCUCGUCAGAGAAAGUGCCAUCAUUACACUAAAAGAGAAUCUGCUGAUUUGAAGGUAGACACUUUGUGUUGACAUAGGACUGUCCUUCAUUUGAGGAAAAAAUCACAAUAUUUAAAUUAUAUUUAUUCUAUUAUAUGAAAGCAAAUUACGAGUGAAAGUUUAUGAAUUAUGACUUUUGAUUCCUAUUUGUCACUGACUUUCUGAUAUAUAAAUUUCAAAAAUAUCUGAUGAUUUCGACAGGAAAUUAUUAAUUCUAUGACAUAAUUAGGGGACAUCUUGUGAAAGUAUUUAAGUGGAAGCAGGAAAAACAAUAUGAAGCCCAUUUUGCCUGUUCCGAAACACGCUUCAAAUGGAUUUUCUAUUGACUCUUUGAUUCACAAGGAGACUCGUUCUACCCAGGGUACCGAACCCCAGCACAGCAUCACCAGUUCCUUCUCGUCUGGCCUCUCAUCCUCGGCUCAGGACGCUGCUCUCAUUGCGGGUAGAAUCCCACCUCUGCACCCGGCAUUGCCACCUCAUGUGCGAAACUUACUGCUAGCUGAACAAUCUCAACUAAAUCCAAAUGACUUGCUAGCAUUACAACGAUCUGCAGCAUGGGCGUUUCAGAAUACCAUGGCCCCGGGGGUAACGUCCCUGGGUCGGACUCUUCCACCACCAACAGUUUCUUCCCUCCAUCCUUUUUAUCCCGGACUUUUAGGUGCAAGCCGAGAUCCUACGAAUAUGUAUCCAUGGAUGUUGGCACGACACCCUCAGGGUCUGUUUGGACUUCCGUUCGGUCACCAAGAUCCUAGCUUUUACUUCCAUCCUUACCGGAAACCGAAACGCAUCCGGACAGCAUUUUCACCAUCACAACUCCUAAAAUUAGAACACGCGUUUGAGAAGAAUCAUUAUGUGGUCGGACAGGAAAGGAAAGAUUUGGCGGCCAAACUUGGUCUGACGGAAACUCAGGUGAAAGUUUGGUUCCAAAACAGACGAACAAAGUUCAAAAGAGUGAAGAGCGAUGACGAUGAGCCACAAGACGAUGCUGAAGGGCAGCAACAAGACGAUAUUAAUGUUACUGACUACCACGAGGGGGCGUCUGAAUCGGAGAGCGAGGAAAAUGAGUAGAUUUGCGUGAGAACAUCAUAAGACUGAUUAAGACUGAUAUACCGAAACUUACAUGUGCGGCAUACAAGUGCCUUCCAUUUGUAUUUCCUUAUCACGUGUUUACAACAAUUGACGGAGUGAAAAUGGAGUCGAUUGAACUGCUGCAUUACAUAACGAUGGCAUUUAAUUUUAUGUUAUUAUUUUGCCAGAAUGUAUACACUAUUUGAAUCUGGCAUGGCUAUUAAAGCUCACAAGUAGAGUACAGUGAAGAUACUUGUAGCGGUUAAUUAUCGAAUAUAGAUGUGAUAACAUAGUUUUAAAGACGUUUGCAUGACUUUUAUUUGCCAUUGUUUUUUAAAUUACGGAGAAACACGUGUUUAAUUUAUGAUAUUAAAAACGAUGAAAAUAAUAUUACUUUUAAAGAAUCAUGUAAGAAGCUAAAUCACUGUCCAAAAAUUAUGUACCUCAGGGAAAUAUAUGCAAUAUAUUAGUUAGCAAACAUGAUGAUUUAUGAUUAGGACAGUUUCAUUUAAGCUGCAGACUGUUGAGCCAAUCCUGGCAAUAUGUGUCAAUACAGUGUACAUAUAGUUCUUGGUAGUUGUUGUUUAAAUCUUCUAUUCAAUCAUUUCUCAUCCGCAUUCUGAACACAUGCCGUAGAUAAUUCCUUUCCUGAAAUAUGAUAAAAAGGAUGUCAAAGAGUUGCUACGAAACUAUCUUCAUUAUUUCAAAGAAAUGUUAAAUGUAGAUCAUCAUUUGUGUUCAAAGACAUUUUAUCGAAAUGAGGGCUUCUCUUGUCGUAGAUUUAAUCGUUGUACAACAUAUUACCGAAAUUUUCUCAUUCUAUUUUCACCUUAUUCUUUUGCCAGAUGUGCUUCACUGUAUAAAUAAAACAAUGCU